GACCCUGCAGACGGCUUUGUAGUGAUAUCCGCUUUGACAAGAUGAUCGUUCAUCGCAGGCGCGACGGUUUCAUUACGACCGGUCUCCGUUGGAUCGCCGGUCAUCCGCGCCAAUGUACCAGUCGCCUCCGUCACUUCGCUAACCCGGUCCACCGAUGGAGGCAGUGGAUUGCCCACAAACUCCCUCAGAUCACCGGCCUCCUUGUCCAAUUCAGUUGCCAGCGCCCGCGUACGGUCUUCGGCCUCUUCCUUGUCAUCGACUUCAUCCUCUGAUGGCGUCAACUCGGACAAAUCACUGUCCCAGCCCCGAAUGGCGCCCGACCGCCGGCGCUUACGCCCCAGCGUUAGCUUGAGCUUUACCUUCCGCUGGGGUGAUGUGGAGGAUGACUUCCUGCGCGUUUUCCACCGCGCGAGGCUGCAUGCCGGACAGCGCGGCCACAUCGUCCCUGGUGGAACGAUGUUCGCGCACCC